UGGUUUACUCAACUUAGUGUGGGGCCUCAGUUAAGCUCCGGACCGUAGAAUUCCUUUUUCCGAAGGCUGUUGUCGACGCUGGCGCAAUCACCGUCUGCCAUUGUGCCCGACCGGCUGUUCGUAUCGUGAUAUCGUAUAUACGUAAUCAGGGUUCCAAAUUAGAAUCCGAGUCGAACUGGGUUUAAUUAAUCAGGAUUCCUAGCUUACCGACUCAGACUGGAGUACAUAUAUAUGUAGACGGGUCUCUCUACGCAUACGUACCCUGCUGGACGAUCGAUCGAGUUCACCGAAUUAGACGCACGCACGCGUAUUCCUUCCUUGUCAAUUCUUCGAUCCGUUCACCCACACGCACGGACGAUCGUGUCGUGUCCAUGGCUGCCGGCCGGAUCGACGCCAUGAUGCCUCUGAAGGCGGAAGACGAGCGGCUGGCCGUCCAGGCCCUGGCCCGGCGGCAGCUCGGCCUGCUCCCGCCGCCUCUCCCCUUCCCCGUCCACUACGCCAACGUCUUCAGCUCCCACCCCGCCCACCUCUACGAUGACUUCAGGGAAGGGGCGGAAGAGCGAGACGGCUACGGCGGCGUCUUCUUCUUCAGCCAGAUGGCCCGUCGUCGGCUCCGGCGGGGGCCUUGGCUGUCGUCGUCGUCGUCGUCGAGCAAUAACCCGGGCCAGUGGAAGGCGGCGACGGGGAACAAGCAGAUCUUCGGCAACCAGGGCGGCGGCGGAAGCAUCGGCGGGAGGACGACGCUGCUGCACUACGGCGGACGGGCCGGGAGGUCCCGCUGGGCCAUGGACGUCUACUCCGCCAGCGCCAGGGGGAUCAACAACUUGCUAAGGGACCCUGACCUCUGCCUCUGCCGCGUCUACUGGACUGGUCUAGGCCCGCCGCCGGAUCUGCCGAUGACGGCGGUCCGGGAGGCGCCGCCGCUCGCCGGAGAGUUCAGCAGCAUGUGCUCUAUCGGGACAUGAUAUGGAUGCGAUCUGUUCUUGUAUUGUCAUUUGAACACUGAGGUUGCAAAACUCAGUUUGAUCAACACUUACAGCUACUUCCUCCGAUUCUAAAUUGUUGUCGAAAUAUUACAUGUAUCUAACGUUUUUUUUAAAAAUAGAUACAUUCAUAUUUAGGCAAAUUUGAAACAAAAAUUUAGAAUCGGAGGGAGUACAUCGUAAUACAUGGUCUAUGUGAUGAUACAUACUCGCACAACAUUGCAACUGUAAGUUGUAAUUUUUCUAAUACGGAUAUGAUUAUGUUAA